UGGUAACGGUAGGCCGGACUCGAGCCACAAGAAUGGUGGCCGCCAAGAAGACGGAAAAGUCCCUUGAGUCCAUAAAUUCCAGACUUCAGCUGGUUAUGAAAAGUGGCAAAUAUGUGCAGGGAUACAAGCAGACUCUGAAAAUGAUCCGGCAGGGCAAAGCCAACUUGGUCAUCCUAGCCAACAACAGUCCUGCUCGGAGGAAAUCAGAAAUAGAGUACUAUGCUACGUUGGCCAAAACUGGUGAGCACCGCUACAGCGGCAACAAUACUGAAUUGGGUACAGCUUGUGGCACGUGCUACAGAGUAUGUACACUGGCCAUCAUUGAUCCAGGUGAUUCUGACAUCAUUAGAAGCAUGCCAGAGCAAACCAGUGAGAAGUAAAUUCUGCAGAACUUUUAAUUUUAUGUAAUAAA